AUGUCAACGACUCCUGGAUCUAAAUUAAGUCCUUUUGGGAAUAGCAUAAGGAAAACUCUACUAACUCCUUGUCGCAGAGUGGGAUUAUCAAGAAAGACAAAGACUCCAAACAGCAUUAAUAAAUUAUUGUCUCAAACCCCGGUUAGUAACACUAAAUUAUCCGACCAGCAAUCCAAUAUUACACCAGUUAAUAAAAACAAGACUCCUAUUAAAAGAAAAAGUUUAGUCGAGUUAGCAAACCCCAUGGAAAAAAGUUGUAAACUGGAAGAUAAUGUAAAAAGUAAACCUAAUGCAAAAAAGAGUCUUAAUGAGUGUUUUAAUAGUAAAGAAUCCGAAUUAAAAUCAAACACCAUUCCUACUGAACCUACUGAUGAAAAGAAUAUUAAACAAGUUGUUACUAGUAAAAAGAAUUCCAAAAAGUGUAAAAAAAAUAGUGAGCAUGAAAAUAUAGAUAAUGAAUCCAAGAAAAAUAGUAACGUAAAAGAUAUUAAAAAAAUUGAACAAAUUGGAGUUGACUGCAAGAAAGUAAUACCUAAAGAAUAUGAUAUAAACACUAAAAAUGAACAAAAUACUAGUGAUAGUGAAGCACUUGAAAUUAAAACCGUUGCCCAGGUUCAUGUUGGCUCCAUUCAAAAUGACCAAAAUUUUUAUGGUCUUGUAUCAGAUCAUGAUUAUCACAAAAAGGAUAUUACUAAUGAAGAUACAAAAAAUCCAGUUUGCAAAGAAAUCUUUAAAGAGAACAUUUCCAAUAAAAAGAUGGUUCAAUGUUUUGAACUAGAAACCAAUAAUUCAAGUACUAGUACAAGUAGCAGUCCAAUAGUAAGAAAACCUUGUAAAAAUAGAAUAUUAUCUGAUUCAGAUGAUGAUUUUACUAUAUUGCCUCCUGAAAAUGCAAAAAAUAAAAAUGAAUCAAAUAAUAAAAACAUCCUUGUAGAAAGAAGCACAUCUAUUAAUAAUGAGUGUGUUGAGAGAAUAAGAGACUGUAAAAUAGGUUUGCAAAACCUCAGUGAAGAAGAUAUGAACAUUAUUAAAAACAAGACAAAGAAGAAAAAUAAGAAAUUUAUUUUAUCAGAUGAUAGUGAUGAUGAUUUUUGUCCUAAAAGUUCAAUGAAAAUUAAAAAAAGCAUGUCAGAAAUGAAAUUAAAAACCAAAACAUCAUCAAAUUCAAGCACAGGAAAAACCGAUUCAGGCCCAGGAGACAAAAAAUCAACAGAAAAUCAUUCAAAAUCCAAAAAUUUCUCAAAAACUGUUAUUUCACAACUGUCUUUUGAUGAUGAAGAUGAGGAUGCAUUUACUUCAACACCUGAUAGAGAAAAAAAUGAAAAAAGAGAACUAAUAGAAAAAAUUAAAGACUUGGAAUCAAAAAUUAAAAUAAAGAAACAAAAAGUGGACAACCUAAAUAGGGCUUCCGUAUAUAAAUCAAAACAUAAUGUUAAUGAACUAAAGCAACUUUCAGACACUUGGAGACAAGGCUGUGUAUUGGGUUUGAAUGAAUUGAUAGUUAAACUGCAGAACCAUGGACCUAUAGAUAUGACAACAUUGUUGAGAAAUUUGCGUAUACCAGAUGAAAUGGUUGCAAGAAUAUUUGUUGAUGUUAUUUCAGAUUAA